AUGUUUCGCCUUGAAAUUGUCUACAAGUUAUUUCACUUUAUGCGUUUUCCAAAGGAAGAAAUGGACGUAUUUUCUAAACCAACAUUAUUCACUCGAGUCUUCGCUCUUUCUAUAAGAAAUAUGAGUUCUACAGAUCAACAACCAAAGCAUAAAAUUCUUAUCGUAGGUGGAGGCACAGGUGGUUGUUCAAUAGCUAAUCGUUUAUGUAAACAUUUCGAAAAGAAUGAAGUUGCUGUCAUUGAGCCGUCUGCAACUCAUUAUUACCAACCUUUAUGGACACUUGUUGGUGCUGGUAUUAAACCGUUAAAGGAAUCAGCUCAACCCCUAGAAAAAGUUUUAACAUCAAAAGCCACAUUGUAUAAGGAUAAAAUUACACAUAUUGAACCAAAAGAAUCUUAUGUUGUACUAUCAAAUGGAGAUAAAAUAUCAUAUGAAUAUUUAAUCUUGGCACUUGGAAUAACUUUACGUUAUGAUAAGGUUAUUGGAGCUGAAGAAGCAUUGAAAAAUGAUCCGCGUGUUUGUUCAAAUUAUUCUACAGAUUAUGUAGAAAAAACUUAUAAAGCUUAUCAAAAUUUCAAUGGUGGAAAUGCUGUGUUCACAUUACCAGCUGGACCAAUUAAAUGCGCUGGUGCACCACAAAAAGUUAUGUACCUAUUUGAAGACUACAUGAAAAGGUCUGGUAAAAAGAUUUUGGCAAAUAUUCAUUAUUUUACUGCUACUAAUAAAAUGUUCUCAGUUGAUAAAUAUUCAGAAAAUUUAACAGAAAUCUGUAAAGAACGAAAUAUCACUUGUAAUUUAUCAUAUAAUUUAGUUGAAGUAGAUUCACAAGCUAGUGAAGCAGUAUUUCAACACAUGGAAACUAAAGAACUUAAACGAAUCAAAGCACCAACCCACUUGGAUUGAUGAAACUCCUGAGGCAGUGCCGCAGGCCGAAGCAAGAUUGCUUUCAUCGUUCCUUUAGGAGGUCAAAAAACUGUAUUUUGUCUCCGUCUUCACCAAUCGUGACCGUGUCAUCUGCGUAUUAUUAGUCAGCAAGUGAAUCUCCUGGUAGGAUAUCAAUCCCUGGAAAGUCAGACAAUAUUUUUAAAAUAAUAUGUAUGACAAAUAUAAAUAAAAAUGAGUAAAGCGGACAACCAUGACGAACAGCAUUUGAGGUAACAACUUUCGUACUAGUCCUCUCUAAUCUCUGACUCGAUCAGUAGUGUUCAAGUAGAGAGCUCAUUCAAAGAAAUGUACUGUUUUAUAUAUCAUGAUAAUUGAAUUCAACUACAUUUGUUGGAACAUUUGUUCCUUAAGAUUUCACCGUAAUAGGCAGGUCAAUCGGAAAGCUAUAAUACUAAAAACAGUAAACUAAAGAUCUGACAGUGAGAUCUUACUGCCAGUUGUAAUGAAUUGUGAUGGCAUUAAAGUGUUUUCCUCAAACAAUCAACAUUUUGGUGACAUUGCUUUCCAACAAUAGAAAGAAAGGGUUAAUAAAGAUUGAGCCUAAUAGUAACUUACAUCGUCUUCUCUUACCGGCAAUGAAAUCACAAAACUACAGGGCUAUCGUAACAAAACAACCUAAAGAGGCACCAUUUGUGACUGUUCUCAAACAGUUAUCACUUGAGCUCUAAAAUUACAUGCCCAAAUCAUGAAAAAUCACCAGUAACCCAUCCUUAGUUUUUACAAGUUAAGUGCCCUAAAAGCAAACAUUCGUACUUUAUUGUAAAUAAAUUUCAGUCAAAUUCUUUUAGCAAUAAUUCAUCGGUAUGGCGAAUCCAGUCUAAUUAACAGAUUUUUUCACUAGGACAUUUAGCCAUGUCAGUUAUCUGCUUACUGAAAUAAUUCCUCUUAAUAGAUGUAUUAUUGAGUAAUUAAGUUACAAAUUAACAUUUGAUGAUGUUAAUCGACUACAACUGAUCAGUACCUUUUAGUGUAUGCUCUUUCCGAUUAAAUUGUCUCGAUGUUGUUACUGAAUGAUAAUUAAAUAAUAAUUAAAGUUAGAUGGUGGUUGGAAGAGGAAAACAGAGAUAGGCAUUUCGUCCUAUUCAUGACUGGUCGGGUGGGUGUACUUGCAUCCCAGUUUCAUUGUACACAUCCACACUUAAACUCAGUACUUUUCACUUCAAACGCGAUCGCGUUAUCCACUGAGUCCCUCUGUAACCAUCGAUACUGGUACAUUUAAUUGUAUUCCAAAUAAUGUGAAAAUUCUGAUUGAGAUCAUGAAUCAAUUGAUGUUAGACCACCGUUGGAAACCCGGAAGCACUGGACGGCCGUUUCGUCCUAGUAUGGGGCUCCUCGUCAGUGCGCAUCUACGGUUCCGCUCCCCGCGAGAUUCGAACCCAGAACCUAUCGGUCUUGUGCCAGGCGCUUAACCAACUAGACCACUGAGCCGGCAUCUAAUUCUUAUCCUAUAUUCCAAUGUUAGCCAUUAUUCCAACUUUAUCGUGUAAUAAAUAUUUUUAGUUUUGAUAAAUGAGAAUUUUACUUCUCACUCGCUGAUCAAUUAUUGUCUUUGGAUAUUCCAGCAACUCAUUUAGUUAUAUAAGAUGUUCGAAAAGAAUGUAACAUGAACCAAAUCUUAUAAAUUGUUGACUCAUAUGUUGUCGUAUGUAGUAUAUUCUUUUGAUCAUAUGAUGGUACACUUGGUCACUGCAAACUUAAAACUCAUUCUGAUCAAACAGAGUUACUACAAGCUUAUUAUUUACGCAUAUCAAAUACUACUACUAAUAAUAAUACUUCAUUUUGACUUUUUAAAUUACCAACAUUCCACAAGUUCUUUCUAUCGUUGAGGAAGCGUUAUCAUCAAGAAAUAUCCCAAUAUCAUUCCAUUUUGUUGUUAUCGUUUUGUCUAUUUUGCAGUAUGACUUUUUACAUAUCACUCCA